AUGCAGUGUAUUCAAAACAGGGCCCACGUAUUGUCGGAAGAGGAACUUAAGGAAAUGGAAUUGAGUGAAAAAGCAUUGGCGGAAAAGUUGGUGCAAGAAUCUGCGCGACGAGUGGAAGAGAUGAAGAAAUUCGAUAUGGAACGUAGAGUAAAUGAAAAGUUGACCGAUUUGGAGGAAGCAGCUCGUAAGGAGUCACAGCAUCUUCUCGCCAAAGCUAUGGAACAGCGUGAGAAUGAAGAGGAAGAGAUUAAACAGCUGAAUGCAGCCAUUAACAAUGCCAAGAUUCAGGCCAUUCGAGACGCUCAGCUGCUCGAGAAGGAGCAAAUUAAGAAGGAGAUGGCGGAGGAGAAUGAUAGACUAGAUAGAAUGAUGGAAAUUGAUCGGCAGAAUGCCCUAAAAGUUCAAGCUGCCAUUGAAGCCAAAAGAAAGGAGGAGGAAAUGCUGGGCGCCUGUGAGAUAAUAAAGCAAAUAAACCAAAACGAACAAGAUCGACUUCUCGCUCUGGCGAAAUCAGAACAGGAGAAUAUGCUUAUGCGAAGGAAGAUUGCUGAAGAAAUGUUAGAUGAAAUGAGUCGUCGUGUUAAUCACCAGACGAAGCAAGACGAGUUUAGGAAAGAAUUGGACAAAUAUGCUGAUCUCAUGCGUGAAAUGAAAUUGAAAAGAGCAGAAGACGAUAGAAAACUGGAUCUAAAAGUUCAACAGGAGCAACGAGCUAAGGAAGAACGCGAUGCGGCCAUAGAGGCUGAACAACUGCGUAUCCGCAAGGAGAAAGAACUCGAAAUUAACCGUCUGUAUGGAAUGCAGGAACGGGCUAUUGACAAUCAGGCAGAAAAAGAUGCUCUUCGGGCGAAACGUGCCAUGGAGGAGAGUGAAAGACAGUGGAGAAGGAAGGAAUUGGAAGCUGCCAGGAAGGUUCAGGCUGCGAAAGAGGAGAUGAAGCAAGAAAAAAUCAAGGCAGACCAGUAUAAGACACGACUUUUGGCCAUUGAAGCAACUCGUAAUAAAAUGGAGUUUGAACGCGUACUUCGACACCAGAAGGAAAUGAUUGAGAAAGAAAAGCUGGAAGAAGAAAAACGUCAAAAGAAGAAGGCAGAGUGCAGUGAGGAAUUAAGGAAACAAAUUUGUGAAAAGGAGCAACGACGCAUUGCUGAAAGAAAUGCCUUCUUCGAGGAAGGCAUUCGCAGUGAGGAAGAAGCCAGGCUUCGACGUUUGCGACUUCAAGAAGCAAAGAACCGGAAAAUGGAAGAAUUGAGGAGAGCUGGAAUACCAGAGAAGUAUUUGGCGGAUAUUGAAAGGAAAGCUGGUUUAUUAAAAAUAGCCAAUAUAAAUCCAUAG